GCCAAAGUUGCAUCAGGACUAAAUCUGAGCCCAUGUCGGACUAUGGAGAUGAAUUUGUCACUUGCAGCCAACUGGCGUAUGACUACCACAUUGAAAAGCCCCACAAGGAUACCAUUUGUCCUGAUUACUGCCUCUACUUGUACAAAGAUAUGCAGACUCUGACCGACCUGUUACAUUCUGACAUCGGCCAAGACAUGCAGUUGCACAACAGCACUUUUUUAUGGUUCAUCCCUUUUAUCCACUCCCUUAUGGACCUGAAGGACCUGGGGAUUGCCUACAGCAUAGUGGUCAUUCAUCACCUGUGUUUGGAAAUCCAAAAUGUCCUCAGUGGCACUGUUGAGACUUGUGACAAAGUGUCUGAGUUCUUCAUCUGGAUCUUGGUGACUGUUGUUGAGUGCAGCCUUAAGAAAAAUUGCCUUCAUUUUCUGUGGAUCAGCUCAGAAAUGUGGGUGUGGAUAGUGGUGAAAUGUGUCAUGCUUCCAAGUACGGUGUUCAUGCCUGGCAUUGAGAGAAGAGUAGUCAGGAAUAGCUUAAGAAGCACAGUGACAUCACCAUCUUGGGAACCUGAGCCCAUACAGUUUGCCUGCAUGAAACUGAUCCGUAACAUCCUGAAGGAAGGGUAUCAGGUUGUGCAGUCACCCACUUGUAAGCAGUUCCUUGAUGAACUCAACUUGCUUCGCCGUAGCCACAAGCACUGGGAGCUGAGUUCCCCGCAGGCUCUAGAAUUACAGAACACUCUGAAGGAGAUCAUAUGGAGCAUCAUGAGCAAAUCGUUAAAUCCUUCCUCCCUUGUGAAGAGCCCUCCUGUUUGUGUAACUUCACCUACUUUCCUGAUGAACCACAAAAGGCAGGAAGACAGGUGUCCAAUGAAUAUGGACAAUGAGCACCUACCCUGCUUGUCUGUGUUAGCAAACAGACACAUGGAUGCCCAGAAAAAUGUGGUGUCUCAUCAAUGGCCAGGGGUCCAAAACAAGCAAGAUCCCUUCUACAAAAGCGUUGGCCUCGGUUUUCAAGACCUGGAGACCAAAGACUUCAGCACAAAGGAGAAGCCCAGUUCUUCCAGAUCUCUUACAGAAAAGAAUGGUAACAGCAGCAGUGCUUUGGAGAGAAAGGUUGGUCUAAAUGACCUUACAAGCAAAAUCAGAUCUCUGAAACCAGACAGCACCCUGCAAUUAAAACUGUUACCUGAAAGCAGUAGGAGAGGAAAUACCAAUCUGGAGCCAGGAACAGAAAAGCUGCAGUUGGUCAGAGACAGAACAAAGAGCCAGGAAGGGCAGAGGAGUGAAAUCAUUGUAGCCAGAGGCAGCACAUCAGACACAUUGCCUUGCAAAUCAGAGGCAAGCUCAGGCAAGGCCUCUGUUGUGUGUGCUAAAGGAACCAGUUUACCCAUUGACUCUAGCCAGGAAAGCAUCAUCCGUCACCAAAAAUGCAUUAAGAGGAAAGCUAAAGGCGCUGUUCAAACUUUGUCUGCCCGAGAGAGCAACAAGUUGUCUGCUGGUGCAGAUGAUUCCCCAAACCAAGUCAUUAUUUCUGACGCUUCUUCAGAUGAGGAUGAAAACAAAAUGAAAGCUGGUAGAGAGAGCAGGAAAGGGCAAGUGGACGUGUGCCUUGAGAAGAAAUUCAGUGCCCCAGAGCAAGAGCCAUUGACUACUCCAGACCUCAUACAUCAUACAGCAGCUCGUGAAGGCCACAUCGGCAAGGGAAAUGCAGUGGUAUGCUCAAAUUUCACAGGGAUAUGUGCUGGCAAUGGAAGCUGUUCCAGGUGCACAGAUCCAGUUCUGCCCAGUACAUCAGCAUCUGCCAGUCCUUCAGGGUCAGCACCUGCUGUCAAAGAAUCCACUAUUCAGCCAGGGAAGAGCUCUGCAGAAUAUGGGCAGGUUAAAACAGCUAGAGAAAGUCCCAAGGGAAGCAUCAAGCCAAGCAUGCACAGUAAAAAACCACUGCUGGCAAAACUGGCAAGAUCUACUCCUGCUCUGGUCCCACCCAACGAAAUCCAACAUAUGCCAGCCCCAACCUUAGUGACAGAGAAACAUGGCCUAUCAGAGAAAGUCCAAAGAGCAGCUGAACUUGCUCAGUGCACACAGGACAGUCUUGCUGAGUCGCGCAGUUACAGGGAAAUUGUUGGCGAGGUGGAUGUUCCCCAGGAAAGGACAUCAGAAUUAGUAAAUGCUCAGCAACUAACUACUAGAAAUAAGAACAAUUUUGCCUGCCAAAAACGUCAGCUCUAUAGGCAGACAAACCCCAAAGAGAGAGAGAAUUGUCAGUGUACUCACGGAGAAACUCAGGAGGCUCAGCCAGCCAAAAAACCCAAGGCGGCAGAGCUAAGACCUGUGCAGUCUGCCAGUAUGGUGGGGGUGGAAAAUCAGAAGGAAAGUUCUGCUGGAGCUAGUAAAACCAGUCAUUUGACCUUUCCAGAUCCCUCCUCUAGCCCAUGUGACGAGGAUGUGGCUUUGAAAAAGAGAGAGCCCCAAUUGAAUGAGAACAAAGAUGGUGACGGCUUCUUUCUUACACAGUUGGAUCCAGUGGACAUGGAACUGUGUUCACAAAUAGAAGAUGGCAGUUACCUCUCAAACAUGGAAGUCAAUAUAUCUGCAAGCCCACUGCAGGGUAGUAAUGAUGACUUGCAGUUCAAGACCCCGAUGCUGAGCAGCAUUCUCCAGCCUCGGAUUUCAAACAACACCCCUCAGUUGCUGAAUGUGCAAAAUAACCAUAUUGUCAUGGCGCUGCCCACCCCCAGAGCUGGUUCUUGGAACAAAGUGCACCAACCCUUUGCACAAGCAAACAUUGUGAAUGCCCAGCAGAGACACCAUGGGAUUUUCACCAGAGAGGUGCUGAAGUGGAACUAUGACAUGUUUGCAAACUUUAAACUGUUUGGGCCACCAAGCCAUCUCCUUCAGUCUAUUGUUGCCCCUGUCACAGCCAAGUUUGAGGAUUACAAUGACUACUUCAAUACUUUCUUCCCCUUAAUGAUGCUAAAUGCAUUUGAAACGAUGGCACAGGAGUGGCUAGAGAACCAGAAAUCAAAAGAGCAAAGGCCUUUUGAGUUGAAUUUGCUGAACUUCAAUGCAGACACAAAUGAAGCAGAUUUUACAAGUGAGUGA